AUGACAGAAGCGGCUACAGAGCAAAUGCUGGAGGGGCGAUGGAGCAACAGUCUCACCAAGGAGGAAGGCUUCUUUAAGGACUGCAGGAAAUGGGCUAUUUGGUAUAUUGACGCGGUCGACUACGAGAGGGAGAUCUUUUUCUACGACUGCAACAACAUCGAGUUCAAAAACGAGAAUAUGGACACAAUUUGGUGCACUACUGGAAGUGGUCGAAUUACUUUUCUCCCGCGAAAGGUUGGGGUUUACAUCAAGGAGGGGACAUUCGGGAUUUACACUGAGAAUGGGACAUUCAAAAUCGGACCAUAA